CCAGUGUGGGCAGAGCAACGCUCUGUGCUGGGAAACAAUAUACUGUGAGUAGCAGGUACAGUUCCUGGGCCCGUGAGGUGAGGCUCAUGAUCUAAGAAUAAUGGACCGGAAAAGACUGGCAGCACACUUGAAGAAAGAGGAAACUCAACAAACACAAAAAACCCCAUGCAAGAUAAGUACAGAUGCCAUAAGAACAGCAGGGUACGACGGUGAGAGCAGAUUUUCAGGCUCUUCUCAGCUCGGAGCCCAACUGAAGCCACAGCCGUCCCAACCUAGAUUUUGAGAAAACACGUUGCCAUUGUCUCCUCACCCUAACCAGAGCAGGGGCUGUUGGAUGUUCCGUUGGCAUGGGGCUGGGCAGCUUCUCCUCUGGUCUCGGUCGUCUGUUCGUAUGGGGACUGGCGAGGGCUCGCGUUGCCGGUGUUUCCCCGUCGUUCUCGGGCUGGAGCCGGGGGCUAGUGGGAAGUCCCGACGGCGUGGGGGCCAGCCCGCGUUCCUUCCCUGGCUGAGUGGGGCCAAUAAGAGCCACUGGAUAAAAACUCUGGAAUUCGACUGUGGAACCUCUGCUCGAUCAUGGCCAAGGCCUCAGUGCGCCCUUGGAUGGAAGAGCUCUCGUGCCUUCGGAUAUGGCGGUAGGCCUCACACACGAUGAAAAGUCACAGUGUUCAGCGUGCUAUUACUGUUUCGGCGCUGGAGGAGGGAAGGAUCGGGGCACCGCCAGUUGUAACCGUUAUUUAAAACAUUGCUUUGCAGACCCAAAAAAAUGGAUUUGGCCAACCAUGGACUUAUUCUGCUGCAACAGUUAAACGCUCAGAGGGAAUUUGGUUUCCUGUGUGACUGCACAGUUGCUAUUGGUGAUGUUUACUUCAAGGCCCACAAAUCUGUCCUUGCUUCGUUCUCCAAUUACUUUAAGAUGCUAUUUGUCCAUCAGACCAGUGAAUGUGUCCGCUUGAAGCCGUCGGACAUCCAGCCCGAUAUCUUCAGCUAUCUCUUGCAUUUGAUGUACACGGGGAAGAUGGCACCCCAGCUAAUCGACCCAGUCCGAUUAGAACAGGGAAUCAAGUUUCUGCACGCCUAUCCUCUCAUCCAGGAAGCCAGCCUCGCCAGCCAGGGAGCCUUCUCCCAUCCGGAGCAAGUUUUCCCCUUGGCCUCGUCUUUGUACGGCAUUCAGAUUGCAGAUCACCAGGUAAGACAAGCCGCUAAGGUUACCUCGGCCGCCGACAAGCUCGGGCGAGAGCCAAGGCCGCACACGUCCAGGAUGAACCAAGAACAGGUGCCCGAAGGGGCCCCGCUCUCUCAGUUAACGCCAGCCGUCACCCAAGCGAAUCGGACUAACGCCACCCCCUCGGAACCCUUGCAGCCCUCGCUGUCCCCCGAACUCGUCUCUACUCCCGUCCCGCCGCCCCCUCCGGGGGAGGAGACGAACAUGGAAGCCUCCUCCUCGGACGAGCAACCGGCAGCCCUCACGAUAGCCCACGUCAAGCCGAGCAUCAUGAAAAGGAACGGCAGCUUCCCAAAGUACUACGCCUGCCACCUGUGCGGGCGGAGGUUCACCUUGCGGAGUAGCUUGCGGGAGCAUCUCCAGAUUCACACCGGGGUCCCUUUCCCGGCAAGCCAACAGGGAGAGGGUAGCGUGUCCCUCUCUCUGUGUAGCAGCGUGGCCGAACUAGCGAAAGAUGCCAUGGAAGUGCCUGAGGCGGGGAUGACGAGCGACAGCGAGCUGCAGCAUAUCUCCGACUCCCCCAUAAUCGACGGGCAGCAGCAGUCGGAAACCCCACCCCCUUCGGACAUCGCGGACAUCGACAACUUGGAGCAGGCGGACCAAGAGCGGGAGGUUAAGAGGCGGAAAUAUGAGUGCACCAUCUGCGGACGCAAAUUUAUUCAGAAAAGCCACUGGAGGGAGCACAUGUACAUACACACCGGCAAGCCUUUCAAAUGCAGCACGUGCGAUAAAAGCUUCUGCAGGGCCAACCAGGCAGCCAGACACGUCUGCCUAAACCAGAGCAUAGACACGUACACCAUGGUGGACAAACAGACGCUGGAGCUUUGCACCUUUGAGGAAGGGAGCCAGAUGGACAACAUGUUGGUACAGACCAACAAACCCUACAAAUGCAACUUGUGCGACAAAACGUUUUCUACUCCCAACGAGGUGGUCAAACACUCGUGCCAAAAUCAGAACUCUGACGUGUUUGCUCUAGACGAGGGGAGGUCCAUCCUCCUGGGCGGCGGGGACUCGGAAAUGACAGAGCCGGAUCACUCAGUGUUAGCCUCCAUCAAAAAGGAGCAAGAAACAGUGUUAUUAGAUUGAAUGGGUUACUCGUUUUUUACGCAUCGCUUUCGUUCUGACAAAAGACUGUUCUUCCUUUCCCCCAACCGGAAGUACCAACGAAUCUCCUUGGCAUGAUAGGAAGACUUCCUCCUUCCCUUUACCCUCUUUCUUCCAACUCCCCCCGACCCACCUUUAAACAAGGUUUUGUGCAUUGUAAACCUGGAGUAUGUUCAACUUCUAACGCAAAAGAAAAUUUCAAGGGGAAUGACCGGUACCGCUAGCGGACUCGAGAAAUAGAUCUUGAGAAAUUUUCGGCUCUUUUAAAAGCAGAUUUGGACUCGGUGCAGGAUACCCAUUAGAAACUCAGUUAGCCAUCCGGUAAACUAAAAAUCAAAUUAUUACCACUGUUUCCCCACGUCUUCUAUCUGAGAAGGGCUAUUGUCCAGUGAUGGUGCGCUUCUUAGAUCUACAGCUGGGUACCGUGGAAAAUACCGUGUAACAGUUAAGAGAAAAGGUUAACCCCGAGAAAUCUAUUAAUAUUUAGUUACCCUCAAGGUUUUGUUUCAGGUCACAUCAUUUAUUUACACACACCCCCAAAUCAUAAAUUACUAAACCUACUUUAACAACAAAAGAGUAAUAAUAAUGUGAUGGCAAUCUCUUUUAGUUUUGAAAAACUGUUGAAAAUCUAUGCGUGUAUGAGUGUGAGAGAGUGUCUAAGUGUGCGUGAUCGAUAUACUAUAAACAGGUGAAUAAAUGCACAUGCCUUAUCUAAGCGUUGGCCUUCUCUUUCCAUAUUGAACCAAAAAAUCUCAUUUUGGUGUGGGUUUUUUCUUUUUUUUUUCUUCUAGGGCCCUAAAAUUAGGUGUUAUACGUAACGCUCUUUUUAAAAAUCAAAUUCCCAUGUGCACAUUGAAAAUAUUACUACUGAAUGGUAAAUGAUAUGAUCAAUAUUCUCAAUCAGACAUAGAGGUAAAUAGCGAAACUUUGUAUUGGUGAAUGUUGUUCCAAGGCUGUUCCAGCAGUCACCUUACUGAAUUCACCUGUAGCACUAACAAAGUCUUAAGUGCACGCUUGUUUCCCUAAAAGAUACCGGCAGAAGAAGAAUAUAGUGAAGGUGUAGGUUUGUAAAAUAUACUCUGUAAGCGUGUCUUGAAAGCCAUCUGAUUUAAAGGUCUAAGUCAGAAAAGUAGGAUAAAAAGCUGGAAGUUGCUAUUUGAGCUAGCUCAUGGUUUCGAUGUUCAAUAUUGUUUUGAAUUUUUUUUUUAAUGCCUGACAAAAGUGGCCGAGUUGGCAGCAGUAAAAAUGUCCAUUAACCUGUUCUUAAGCCAGUAGGAAGGUCUCAAGGGCCAAAAUUAAAGUCCCACCGAAAUAAAAAAAGGAGGAGAAAGGGGAAGGAAAUCCCUAAAGUUCUACUCUGUGUAUAUGUUAAACUGAAUGUCCCAUCAUUCUACUCCAUGUAUAGUUGAGUUCUAAGAUUUGUAAGUUUUUAUACAUCAUUUCAUUGAAUAAAAAUGAAUUUAAAUGAA